AUGUCUGAAGUGCAAUCACGGCCCUCAGCUCCUCGCGGCAGGAGCUCUGCCCGCGGCGCCCGCGGCGGCUACAGCUCCCGCGGCCCCAGGUCCCAGAAGCAGACCAACGGCGACCACAAGAGCGCAGGCUCAAUCGACGCGUCCGCCGAGGAGGGCGAGCUCGCCCAGCUGAGGCAACAGUAUGCCAUCCAAUUGGCGACCAUCAGGGAGACUUUCCCCGACUGGACCGACCUCGACCUGCUGCUGGCUCUGCACGACAGCGAUGGCGACCUCAACGUGGCCAGCGAGAAGAUCUUAGAAGGACAGGUUUCUCAGUUCGCCGAAGUCAAGAAGAACGACCGCUCGCGCUCCAAGGUGAAGGAUACCUCGGCAGUCGGCUCUGAUGCAAACGCGACAUCGGCCUCCGCACGCGGCAGAGGCCGUUUUGAGAGCACCCGCGGUGGCCGCGGACGUGGAACUGAACGUGGCAGAGGUGGCUUUCGGGGUGGUCGCGGCGGAGCGCAUGCGGCGAACGGCUCGCGCUCUGGUGCCGGCGUUUCUGUCCCCACGACCGAGUCUUCUGCUUGGGACACCGCUGCCACAACGACGGAUGCAAACAAUGCAUGGGACACUGGUGCGCCUGCGAAUUCAGGCGACGCGGCUGCAGAUGGUGCCGAGGCCAAGCCUGCCGCCGCGCCUGAGGCCGUGAAGAAGCCUGCUGCUCCACAGGAGCCCCCGAAGAAGACAUGGGCCCAAAUGUUUGCGAAGCCGAAGCCAGCGCCUGCGCCUCCAAAGCCCGUUGUUGCCGCCCCGCCCCCCGAACCCGCCGCUCCUGUACCCGCCGCCGAACCUGAGCCGACGAAGGAAGUUGAGAAAGCAGUCGAGGCGGAAGAACUCCCGAUACCUCCUGUUGCCGAUGAAGCGCCUGCUGAGGAGACGUCCACUGCACCCGCAGAGCCUCCGGUUGUCACUCCUGAAGUUCCCGAACUGCCUUCUGCACAGCUUACCCCGUCCAAGGAUGAGCUCACGAAGGAGAAUGUCGAAAACCUGCCCGAUGUCGCAGAACCUGCCCCUACCGGCACUGCUGCGAGCACCGUUGCUAGUGGCAGCGUCGUUGGCGUUGCGACGCCUUUGACUGGACCUCAACGCACACAGGCAGCCCGUCCCGCUAUCGGGGGAUUCGCUACGACGGCACAGAAGGCCACUGCUCCUCAGGGCCGCAGCUCUAGCUAUCAGAGGAAGGUUCUGGACCAACAAGAGGCAGUUGUCAUGCCCGGUAACCACGCCGUAGACCGCGCAGCUGUGCAGUUUGGCAGCCUUGGCUUGAACGGCGAUGCCGCACUUGACGUAGAUGAAGACCGUGAGGAGGCCGAGACGCGUACGCAGCCCCCUCAGCAUUCCCCCACCCAGCAGCCUAGGACUUCUCUUCCCCCUGCUCCCCGCCAGCCUGCUGCUCCCAGCGAGUCGCAAGCCCAGGAAUCGGUCCCGACCCCGAAGCCGGCCCCAGGUCUGCCCCCUGUGAACCAACAGCCUCAGCAGCAAUCUCCUGCCAUUGGGGGUCAGGCUGCUCAGCCUUACAGCCAGUUUGGCCGCUAUGGUCAGGCCAACAUCCAAUCUGAGCCGGCCGGUCAAACCCAGAAGCCGUACGAUCCAUUUGGUGCGCCCGUCUCGCAGCCAAACCAGUUCGACAACUUCCCAAGCCACACUCAACCUCAGAACAUGCAGCAGCCUCAGGUUCCUUCUACUCUCGGAGGAUUUUCCUCUGCCCCUAACGAUUACUCCUCCUACUACACUUCUGAUCAACAGAGAAACGCGUACCAGAACUACUAUGGUGCUGGAUACGGACAGCAAGCUGGUGGGAACCAACAGCAGGAAGUCAAUGCGCAGGAACAGAGGACCGGCAGUGGAUUCGGUCCCGCGGGCGCAGAUUCCGCUUUCCCCACCAGCCAAUCGCAACAGGUAGGCAACCGUUUUUCAAUUUCUUACCGCGAUGUUCAGGCACGACGUUCUCGAGUGCACACGAGCCGUGAACUAUCUGGAUCUCCAGAGUACCGAGCUCGUAGUUGGUACCAGAACUCGCGCUUGAACAACGAUGGCCCGGCCCUUCUGGGCCCUUCCAGGUCAUUGAAAAAUCUAUCAGUGCCAUCUAUCUCUCAAUUAGUACCUAACAUGCCAUCACAGAACCAGAGCCGUUACGGUGACGCUCAGAACAGCGGCCACAACACUCCCGUCCCCGCCAUGGCUGCUCAGCAUCAUCCCGCAGCUCAAUCUCAGCACAUGCACCAGCCCCACGGCCAGACCGGCCACAGCGGCUUCCCAUACAGCCAGCACCCCUACUACAACACCCCGUACUUCAACGCGUACAUGAACCACUACGGCGGUGGCUAUGGCGGCCAGGGCUACGGUGCUCCCUUCGGCAAGGGCAUGUACGGUCAGCCCAACCACGCCUACGGUAUGUCUCCGCAGACGACGUAUGACGCUCACAGCUCCUCGCCCGCCAACGUUGGUGCGUUUGGAGCUUCCUCGAUGCAUGGUCGUGACAGCGGGCUCGGUGGCGGACUCGGUGAUUACCGCGCCAGCUCGACACAGCCCUCGCAGACUCAACAGCACACUGCCAGCAGCGGUGCAUUCGGUGGCAUGCCUGAUGUUUUCGGCCGCAACCAGGGUGUCUUUCCCGGUCAGGGCCAGCCCUAUGGACAGCAACAGUCGGCGUCUCAGGCUGGCGCUGACGACGCGCUGAAGCCCUUCGGUGACAAGGCUGCUUCCGGGCCGUCCCCGUCUUCGAUCGGACAACCUGGCCGACCUGGCUCUGCUACCAACUCGGCUGGUCAGGCUGCCCAGUCGGGUCUGCCGCCGCCUCAGUCGCACCAGCAGGGCUUUGGUGCUUACCCCGGUUCUCAGUACGGACUGGGAGGGCUUGGCGGACACCAGGCCGGACAGGGCCACAGCGGUGGCUAUGGUGGAUAUGGCGCAGGAUUUGGAAGCUACGGCAGUUACGGCCGCGGCGGCGGCUGGGGCGGCAACUAUGGUCAUUAA